AGUCCAACGGUUCAGCACUUGAGGAAGUUAAGGAUUUGGUGACAUUACACUCGAUUUUGCAGGAUGAUUCGAAGAACUUGCAGAUAUCGAUAACUGGAGACGUCACCUUCAGAGGUAGCGUGAGCCACAUUGUCAGUUGAGAGUUUAACAAGUGUGAAGACAAUUUUGUCUGAACUGUAUCCAGUUUCUGUGCAGUGUGCACGUACUGUAUAUCGACUAACUUUUCUGUAACUGACGCCCACGACCCUGUCCGGAACAUGCCGGUAUUAAAACGCUAUGUAAACGAUGACGCAAACUAAAAGAAGUCUAUGUACCGAUUUAUACUCUGUUGUAAACAAGCCCUUACCUUCCUUCUGUUGGAGACCUGACCCCUGCUGACUGAAAUAAUAAUAGUAUGCCCCGACUACCUCUGCACAGACACAGGCAAUUGGAAAGGCUGUAUGCAUCUAUUGGGCUGCCCAAAGAUGCUUUGUGUCCAAAUCCUUUCCGCAUGCCGUCCCCAGGAUGCCAGCACUUGCUCUGGGUGAGUGGAACUUUGAGUGGUGGGCUGUGAGGAAGGGUGUCCGAGUGAAAAGACCAGGAACCUGCUGCUCAAACACAGCCAUGGUAGACUACAAAAUGUUUUCACUUUAAUCUACAUUAUUUACAGGAGAAAAGAGCUCUGAAGCGAACGUCUCAUCAUUUAGACAAACUAGACAACCAACCGCCGUGCUGUUUCUGAGAAAUGGGCACAUUAAGGCAUAGGAUCAAAGCAGCUCAGGUUCGCCAUACAUUCAUCGCCAUGCUUUCCUGUGUGGCUCCGUCCUGCUGCUGGUUAUCAUGUUACCAGUGUAUCGACGUGGAUGGACGUGACCACAGAGCAGCCCUGUAGUAGUAAACUGGUCAGGGGAUAGUUGGAUAAUGGAGGGACAGUGGACUGCAGACGGUCUCCCGAGACCCCCUGGUGGUCCUAUCAGUUUACCCCCACAGGAAGGGUGAGUCCACUCAUAACACAGAUGAGAACGAUAGAAAGGCCAUGAAAGACCACUAACUUCCACUAAUGGUAGUCUACACAUAGCUGGGUAGAACUCAAGUUAAUACCCUGAGAGAAGUUCUUAUAACCAAGCGUUACAGAAAAGGUCCUCUAGAGACAGAGCAGGAGGGGCCAGCUCUCUAAGGGAAAUCUACUAAACCAAUCCCUAUUUCAUGUAGACAUUUAAUCAGACAAUUCACCUGAACCGUGUCCAGUAAAUCACACGCAGUUCCUGAAAACAAACAACACGGUUGUUUCCCUUUCCCCUCCCCCCUUUCCUGCUGUUUUUGCCUCUCUAGUCUUUUGGAGGCUGGGAGAUUUUAGCUUGCAAUACAGAUGAAGAUGACAGUGACACCACUUAAGUGUUUUAGAUGGUCAAAUGAAUGUGAUGGAGCCCAGACAGAGAUAUGAACUGUAGGCACUCAUGAUUGCAACAUGGAUGGAUGCUUUCUGAGAUGAUGACAUGAGCAGUUAAGGGAAAGCAUUUAAAAGGCCACCCCGUUAUUAGUAAUCCAAACUAGUGAACAUGCAGAUAUUAAUAAAGUAUAUAAAUACAUUAAAGUUAUCUAGCAGAUAUUCUUAUCCAGAGCAAUUUACAGUAGUGAUUGCAUACAUUUUCAUCAUUGUUUUUGUACUGUGUCCCUUUGGGAAUUGAACCCACUACCCUAGUUUUGUAAGCACAAUGCUCUUACCAAAUGAACUACAAAGGACCCAGUUUUAUUAAAAGCGGUGGCAUUUAACUUAUAGAAUCCAGUCACCCAAUACAUCAUCCAGUGUAAGAUAAAUUACACCACUGCUAUUUUUAAACUCUGGUUAAGAGCUGAUUGCCUCAGUGGACAACAGAGUGGAUCAGGGCUUUCUGUAAUUCCUCAACAUCGUGCCUCAGUGUUGUUGCGAAGCCAGGAGAUGCCAAGAAAAUGUACUUCAGUUGGCGCCAAGUUCCCCAUACUGUAAUAAAAUGCUCUUAAAUCAACCAACUGUCGAGGAGAAGGCGAGAAGGAGUGCUGUGAGUGUGAAUGGAGGUUGAAGGUCUUUGGCAGUAUUAUGUAAGGAAUGUUUAAGGGGAAUGCCUGAAAAGAAAAACAGCUACUUAACUUAUGCUUUUUUAACACGUUGCUGUGUGUGUGUGUGUGUAUAAAGCAUCUUGUAACUCAUUUUGUGGCAAAAGUUAAUUGGCUGGCCUGUAGGCCAAGGACAGUUGGCAACGUGCGUAGUCACCCAUCCUUCUGUACAGUGCCAUCACUGGUUAUUCCUGGGCCUGGGAUUCUACGCCGCUAUAUACAGCCCAUGACAUGUACAGUAUAAAUACAGAAAGGGUGGAGAUGGGAGGAUGCAAAGUUUUCCAAACUGUAGCCGGGCAAGAGUUCAUGUUAUUUCUGUGGGAUUCUUUUUUUUAAUGGAACCACUAACAUCCAUGCUAAUUUAGCUUCCUAUCAUUGGCAUGGCGAGGCCAUGUCCUGCUGAAGUGUACUGGCACACUAUUCAGUUUUCUACAGGUUCAGUUUCUUAUUCUGUUUGACAUUGCUGGGUUUAUAGAUUAACCAUUUUUAUCAUCCCGGGCUACACACCAAAGCAUUCCAUAUUCUUUAAUACAACGAGACGGGACAGCUCUGACACAUGCCAUGCAUAACCUGUUGCCAUGGGACCAACACCGCCCCUUGGCCAUGGAAUGGCAUGUGACUUGGUCAUGCACGACAAACACACGUGAAAGACAGUGACCGAGGUUCCAUAGAUAGGAUUGUGGUCACUAUUUCAGUAAAACACCACACUGACCACCUUGGGGAAUAUCUAAACUCACUGGGUGACGUCACCCUGUAACCUGGGAACCAGUCCUGACAGUUACAGUUAGAGGUCACUCUUACUCAAGAAGGCAUCGAUUUGAUUGACGUUGGUGAAAAUGUGCUGUCCUCUGUCAGCCGUAGGCUUCUGUUGCCACACCUGGUCCGGAUGUUAUUGAAAAUGGGAAUUGGUUCUCCACUGUCUUACUUGGGGAAAUAAAUGAAACAGACCACAAACCCCAAAAGGUUCCUUAUUGCUGAAAUGGGUCUGUGUUUUGAUAUGAUUAAGGGUCUAAGGCUGAACAUGCCUAAGAAUCCAUUUGUAACACUCUUUAAACUGAUGGAACACAUGGACCAUAUGGUCUCUGACCGUUCUGGAUAAUCUUCCCAUAAUCAUACCCACAGCCAUGACUUCUAGGCAUGUUGCUUCCAAUGGCAUAUGCCACCAGCAUAGUAUAUGUGACUGACUGCCUGGCUGUGUUGCUGAUAUGCAGGCUCUCUCCUCUCGGCUGCCCCCAGGGUAGUGGGCUGUUUUGGGAAGCAUUGGGCCUUUCAGGAGUCACACAUGGCUGACAGGCAGUUGACAGCCCCCUCUCCCUGCCGGGUGCGUGUGCACGUGCACUCGCGUGCGUGUUUGUCAGGUUUCACAGUUAAUCAGAGAUGGAGUCUGUGUGAGGGAUUCAGUGUAGGAAGAGUUAUUUGCUACUGCUGUUGUGACUAUUGCCAACAUCCUGUGCUUUCCUGUGCCCACUUAUACCUCGGUGGAAUGGUGAUGCCAGCGAAAGACAAUAUUUACACAAUGUACAAAAUUGACCCAAAGAAAUGGGUGUUAAGCGCUUAAGAUAAUGAGAUAUGAGUGGAGGUUAACAUUCUGUAAGGGACCUAUCAGAAUCUCCCCAACAGAAACUCUGACAAGACAUUUCAAAUGAAGCGGUAAAAAAAAAGCUAAACAAAUGUGUUGCCCCCUCCCUGCGUGAUGGUGGCCAAUUUGGCUCAAACCUUGACUGCAGCGGUCAACUUGGCACAACUAAAGUAUGCCUUAGACUCACGUGCCCCCCUCAGCGACCCCACCCCAAACCAAUCCUAACUCCCACUGGGUACUGAGGUCUUAUAAUCAAGUCUGAGACUUGCCUUUUAAAAAUAUCAAACCUAUUUUAAUCGGAUGAGCUGCAGUCCCCUUCUCUCCAAUGGUACAGACGGACUAAUAAGAUAAAGAAGUACCAGCAGCCCACAGCUGACAGUGAUUCAGUCUACUCAAUUAGCUCUCUGGUAAAACAUGUACAGCUAUAUUAACUCAAGCUGGUGUUUCCAAUUCUUACCCCCUUCAACCACCCAAAUAAAACACAACUUUCUGGAGCCUUCAGUUUUAUUUGGCAUAUAAUUCUGUCGACCACAACAGAAAACGUCAAUUUUACAGCCCUUCAAAUGUCUCUCUGGGGACGAGAGUGAGCACUGUUUAACAUAUUUAGCCCUGGGUUAAACAGUGGUAGUAAAUUGCCUGUUAGGAGCGGCGAAAUACCGCAUCGCGGCUUCUGGAAGUGGUCAGUGGGGCCAAACGCUGUGCAUUCAGAACAUUCCUAAAAGUUAGCCAAUGUCAAGAAGGCCUCAUGUCACUUCAGAAUAGGACAAAUGGGUGUACGAUGUGUUCCUGUCCUGCUCCAGCUCCUUAAUGGGAAAGACGGAGCAUUAUAAUGAGUUCCUGCCCCUGAGGCUGGAUGUUGUAGUUUGCAGGGACAAAAAUGUCACUGGGCAAGUAAGGUAGUGGCAGCGGUUGUUAAGAACCAGCCACUUUGUAAAAACAAAAGUUAAGUAUUGGCUACUGGGGACGUUACUGAGUUGUACACAAUCCUACUGGUCUUCGCUCAUCCUUACCAUUGACAGUGAUAGCAAGUAACCUUUACGAUCCCAUUAUUCUUGAAUUAUUAUAAUCAUUUUAACAUUUUAGUCAUUUAAUACAUGAAAUGACUUUGUUAACAGUCUUGCAAAAGAUAUCCUUUUCCCCAAGCCAGCUAUGGGAUUCAAUCCAGCCACCAUUUGAUUAAUGUUUAGAUGCUGUAACCACUAGCCUACCUGCCACCUUUAGGGGCCAGUUAUGGGCAGCCCUAAUAAUCCUCUGUGUGUUUUGGAAAGAUGCAGGUUGGGUGCCAACAUUGUUGAAGAACACAGCUCCAGAACUUUCCAGUAGCGACUAAUCCUGUCUGCCAGUUCCAGGGGUUCUGUUUGGGUUUAAAGAGGUGCCCAGUUAAAGUGUUAUGUAGCGUAUUGUUUUGUUCUAGUUAAUAAAGUGGAAAACUGAAGCUCGGUUGAACCCCACGAGUGGCGCCGCUGGACUGAAAUGUCAUAACCUUGCAAGAGAAAUGUCUUGGAACUGAGGGUUUUGUACAUCAUGCAAUGAGAAAUAUCACGGGCAGACUGAGUUGUUGCACAACAGCAUGCCAAUCCUUUAGUAAUGUGUUUAGGAAAAACAAACCAAAGCUGGGGGGCAGGGAGGUAAAGUUUAAACAUUGUGAAGGAAGAUUCUGGUUGAAGGAGGUCUGCUGGCAAUGGCUAAAUGACAAUGUUCCUUUUGAGUGACACCGGUGAAGUGUAAAUCUGUGUUUCAUCCAGCCACUUGGCUGUGUGUGAGCCUGUGUUCAUAUGUGUGUAUAAGUUAAUGUGUCGCAGUAGUCGGGUUAGUCCUAGGUGGGUGUGUCGAGCUGCACCGCCCGGGGCCUCUGGCGGGGGCAGGAGAGCACAGAGGGGCGUGACAUCACAGCCAGGAUAUGACACGUCUGUCAGGUGAAGGUAAAGACCGUUCUCCAGGGACAAGUACAUCAUGGAAGGCCCGCCGGAGAAACUACGCAAGGAGUUGGAGGAAGAGCUUAAGCUGAGCAGCGAGGAGCCACGCAGUCAUGCUUGGUAUCACGGGAGCAUCCCAAGACAGGUGGCAGAGAACCUGAUUCAACGUGACGGGGACUUCCUGAUCCGCGACUCUCUGUCGAGCCCUGGGAACUAUGUCCUGACCUGCCAGUGGAAAAACAGCCCGCAGCACUUCAAGAUCAACAAGAAGGUGGUGGCCAUAAACGAGGCCUACUCCCGGGUUCAGUACCUGUUCGAAAAGGAGGGCUUCAACAGUGUGCCCGCCCUGGUGCGCUACUACGUGGGCAACCGGAAACCGGUGACCGAGGCGGUGGGUGCCAUCAUCUUCCAGCCCAUCAACCGGGCCCUACCCCUGCGUCGCCUGGAGGAGAAGUAUGGGGUGACCUGUGUCCGUGUCGAGGCCGGCUUGACCCAGCCCGAGAGGAAGAGCCAGACCUCUAAACGCCUAAGCCUCAACAUAGUGAACGGACACGCCCAGGACCACAGCCUCGGACGGGGCAACCUUCUGAGAAACAAAGACAAGUGUGGAAGCCAGCCGGCGUGUCUGAACCACGUUCAGGAGAGACGGAGGCCCCUGAAAACCCACCAAUCAGAGAGCUUCCUUCCUCUAGGCUCCAGGCCUCAUCCCCAGCUGAUGGACCACCAGCCCGGCCCCAAGUCCCCGGUGUUCAGGACGGGCAGUGAGCCAGCCCUCAGCCCCACAGUGCCAAGGAGGAUGGCUUUUGAGGUCCAAGCCGGGGAGGCCAUCCGUGGCUCGGAAAGCCAGCUCUGCCCGAAGCCCCCCCCCAAGCCCAGCAAGGUGCCCUCCAUGCGGACUCCCCACUCCCCACACCCGCAGCCCAUAUCUCCUCUGGCCACCCCCGUCACAGGUCCCACCGUUCCACCACUGAAGCCUAAGAAGCAGCAUCCGACCCACGCCGCCCAGCCACAACAGACCCCCAGCCCUGAGGUGAAUUAUGGUGAGCUGAGCCCAUGCGGCCCAGCGGACCGGGACAGGCUUCAGUCCCCGGGGUCGGACCGCCAGCCCAACAGCAGUUACGUGGAGAGGCUGAGGUCGGAGGAGAGCCAGAGGAGCAGCUUCAAACUGGACCGCAGUUCCUACCACCAUGCCAUGGAAGCCCUGGAGAACGGGGAAGAGGAGGCGGAGGAAAGAGAGGGUACGGCGAAGACGGAGGAGGCAGAGGAGGAGAAGGACAGAAGCUUCCGGCGACCGCUGUUUGAGACUACGUCGGUGUUCCGGCCGGGGGAGUUUGAGUCCAGGCUGCUGCCUGCUGAAAACAAACCCCUGGAGAUGAGCGUACUCAAGAGAACCAAAGAGCUACUGGUCCACGAAGACCACCGCGUCAUCGCCAAGCACAUCCUCAUGGCAGACUGCCAGGUUGCUAGGGUACUUGGAGUGUCUGAGGAGAUGAAACGUCAAAUGGGCGUGUCUUCUGGACUGGAGCUGGUGACCUUGCCCCAUGGCAGGCAGCUGCGUCAGGACCUAAUGGAAAGGCAUCACACCAUGGCCAUUGGGAUUGCUGUAGACAUCCUGGGCUGUACAGGAAGUCUUGAGGAGAGGGCCGCCACACUCAACCGCAUCAUUAUGGUGGCUCUGGAGCUGAAGGACUCAAUGGGGGACCUGUACGCCUUCUCCUCUGUCAUGAAAGCACUGGACAUGCCUCAGAUCACACGGUUAGACCACACGUGGACCAUGCUGAGGAGGGCGUACACACAGACUGCCAUUAUAUAUGAGAAGUCUCUUAAGCCCUUUUACAAGGGGCUGUAUGAAGGGACAGUGGACAUGCCCCUGACUGGCAUCACGGUUCCUCCGCUGAUGCCCCUGCUGACCCUGAUGGAACGCCCGGCAGUGGUGUUUGAGGGUAUGGAGCUGUGGGAGAGCAACGACCAGGGCUGUGAGAUCAUGCUACGCCACCUAGAGGAGGCUCGCGGCGUGGCACGUAACGCUGACAAAUACACAGCCAACAGUGAAGGCAUCCUUCAAGGCUUCCAGGCUGACGAGGACCUGCUGGAGAUUUUUAAAACGGACUUCCAGCUACGUCUCCUGUGGGGCAGCCGAGGGGCGGCGGUCAACCAGACGGAGAGAUAUGAAAAGUUCACGCUCAUUCUGACCGCUCUGUCCAGAAAACUGGAGCCAACAGUCAAACACACAGAACUCUAG